AUGAAACUGUAUGUUCAUCAGAUCAACCACAUCCCCAACAACGGUCUUCUCACCAACAAACUGGGCCUGCUUUUCAGUCUUCGCGCCUACGAGCGUACCUUUUGGCAAUUCCGCAACCGGCCGCCUGGUCUACAGAUGCGUGAUUUCUUCCCAGAAACCUACGUUCUCGACGAUGCCGCCGAGAGAUCCGCCUUCUUCCACGCGGCUCUGAUGGACGAGCAGCCCUCGAGUCGAGAGAUGAGCUCAUCGGUCUCCUCUUCGACCAACACACCGACGACUCAACAGUCCAAAACA